GAGCCCGCCUCGAUUCCCGAAGCGGCUUUACGGCAGUCGGCGCCGGGCGGAGGCGGGGCGCUACGGAGGCGGCGUAAGGAGGGGCGGCCGCCCGCCUUCCCCUCAGACGUGGCGGCGGGGGCGGCCGCGAUGUGGCGGCGGGCGCUGUGCGUGGGGCUGCUGGCCCUGGCGCUGGGCUACCUGUGCCUGUUGGGCCCCCAGCUGCCCCCCUCGGCCCUGCAGCUCCUCCCCGCCUCGCUGCUGGGGGGACUGCGCCGGGCCCGCUCCCUCGAGAGUCGCAUGGUGGCGGCCUGGCAGGCGGCCAUCGUCCGCCCAGCGCGGGGCUGGGCGCGCGUCGCCGUCGGCGUCAACGCCUGCGUGGACGUGGUUCUGUCCGGCGUGAAGUUGCUGGAGGCGCUUGGUCUUGAACCUGGGGAUGGAAAAAACCACGCUGUCCUGACCUCCCGGCAGGACCUGAAGGAAGCAUUUGCACACUUCAUGGAGAAAGGGGCGGCUGCCGAGCGCUUCUUCAGCGAUGCGGAGUCUUUCCAUCACAUAGCACGGACAGCCUCGGAGUACCCAGGUGCCCAGCUUUACGUAGGAGGAAACGCUGCUCUCAUUGGUCAGAAGCUUGCAGCAAAUCCAGACCUGAAGAUCCUCCUUUGUGGCCCAGUUGGUCCCAGGCUCCACAAACUACUUGAUGACAAUGUGGUUGUGCCACCUGAAUCCAUGCAGGAAAGAGAUGAAUUCCAUCUCAUCUUGGAGUAUCAAGCAGGUGAAGAGUGGGGACAGGUGAAAGCACCCAAUGCCAACCGCUUUAUCUUCUCCCACGACCUAUCAAACGGCGCCUUAAAUAUGCUGGAAGUGUUCGUGUCCAGCUUGGAUGAAUUUCAGCCAGAUCUUGUGGUGCUCUCAGGACUUCACAUGAUGGAAGGCCAGAGCAAGGAGAUGCGACACAGACGACUAAUGGAGGCUGUGGCCUCCAUCUCUGACAUCCCUACUGACAUUCCUAUACACCUGGAGUUGGCCAGUAUGACUGACCAGGAUUUUAUGAGCAACAUUGUGCAUCAGCAGGUCUUUCCCCUGGUGAACUCCAUCGGGCUGAACGAGCAGGAGCUGCUCUUCCUCACACAGUCAGCCUCUGGUCCCCACGCCUCCCUUGCUUCCUGGAAUGGCAUCCCUGAUGUGGGCGUAGUCAGCGACAUCCUCUUCUGGGUCCUGAAGGAGCACGGGAAGACCGCGGACCGGGCCUCUGAUCUCACACGCAUCCACUUCCACACCCUGGCCUACCACAUCCUUGCCACGGUGGACGGGUUCUGGGGCAACCAGGUUGCUGCCGUGGCUGCUGGAGCUAGAGCGGCAGGGGCUCAGGCCUGCGCGACUGAAACCAUUGACACCAGCAAAGUCUUUCUGAAAGCUCCUCUGGAGUUUGUGACCUCCCAGAUAGAGGCACCUUCCAAAAUAUCCUUAAAUCCAGAUGAGCCAGUAGUGCAUUGGCACAGAGAAGGCAUCUCAUUCCAUUUCACACCCGUUUUGGUGUGUAAGGAUCCUGUCCGGACCGUGGGACUCGGGGAUGCUAUUUCAGCUGAAGGACUGCUAUAUUCAGAAGCGUAUCCUCAGUAGGAGGCAAAGGCCCUCCUUUGUCUCCAGUACUGUAUGGUGUCUGAGGAACCAUGCUCUUCUCAUUAGGAUUUCAGGCAGCGGUGAUAUAGGAACAGAAUCAGGGUGUGCUAUGUUUUCUGGACAUAAGUGAAAAAGAGCCAAAGAAUAAUUCCAGGUAUAAACUGUCAGAUACAUUCCAGUCACUUUGCAGCAACUAAAACAUUUCACGUUGAAGUGCAGAGGUUUUAGUAUUUAAUGUGAAAAUUGGCUUUUCUUUGUCUUAAGCAUGCGGGGAGGGGAACAAAUGCCAAAAUGCCUGUCUGGAGUAGGUUUGCUCUUUGGGUCUUGUCUGUUAGUGCUGGAAAGUGCUGCAGCCAGGAGAAUUUCUUGUGUGUGGAUCCCAGGCUGAGCACAGCAGUGCUCAGCCCUGCCUUGCUUCUGAUAAAGUAAAAAUAAAAGGCUCUUGCAUUA